UGUUCUGAGGGGUUUCUCUUUUCAUAUCUGCUGAAGAGUUUUUGACAUUGCAGCAAAGAGCGGCUCUGGCUGAGAAACUUGAAAAGACUCUCCCCACUCAGGAAACCUGAGCCCCUCCACUCAACUCUCUCUCUCCCUGCUCUGAGACUCUGGUUUCUACGAAGAGGGAGUGACUGCAACCCAUUCAUGUCAGGAAUGUGAUCUGGUCGUCAUCAUGGCUGUCUGUCAGCAUUUCUGACAGCCCCAGUUCUUGUAACUGCUGCAGCAUGUGAGACGCCUCCUGCUGCUGCAGCAUGAACACGGCUCCGCCUGUAAUGAACUGUAACAACAGCAGUGUGACUGAGAGUACACAUUUCAAACAGCACUCGAAUGUACACAAAUAAGAGGAUGUUGGCAAUACUUGUAAAAACACUAAAAACUCCAACAAUAUGGUGUGUGCUUUCAUAAAUCAAUAUAAUGCUAAUUGUUUGUUUAGCUUUCAUUUCAACAAACAUUUAAUUUUUUUUGGGGGGGGGGGUUAUAGCUGUGUUAGUCAUUUUUAUCAAUCAACUUGGUUUCCUUUUAACAGAACUUCAGAGAAUGGUUAUUGACAAUGUUUAUAUUAAACAUGGAACUAAUAUUGGCCACAACUAUUGUGGCUAAAUUCAAAAACCUCCUUUGCUAACAUUGCUUUUUCCUAGCUAACCCUUAGCUAACUUGAUAGGUUUCAUUUUCUUAUGGUUGAAUUUAGUUUAGUCUUUAUGGCUAUUUUACCAAACCUCUUGUACAUUCUUUACUGUGUUAGCUAAUUUAUCGUUGCUUUUAGUGCAUUAGUUUGAGCUUCUGACUGAAGUAGAUUAUCAUAAAACUGUUUUAGCUUCCUUUUAAGCAUUUAUUCAAUCUGUAAUUUUGGUUUGGCUUUGGUUGGUGUGUAAUAAAUAAACACUUUUAAAAUAGUGUGUUUUACAUGGCAAAAGAAGCCUCGACACUUUACUCUACUAGUUAAUAUUAUUUAUACUUUAGGAGGUUCUUUUAGGGUUGUAAUAUUGAUACUGAAACUGUGCUGGGCCUAAACAGGAAGUCCCUGCAGUGUGAACGGUAGCUCCUCCUGGAAGCCACUCCUGCUGAUGAUAAGUGUUGCACCUGUCCUGGCGUAGGUUGAGAGGACCCGCCCUGUCAAAGAGCUACAAACCAGAGAGGCAGGUGAAAUGUGGACCAACAGGUCUGAUGAGUAAAGUGAGAGACGGAGACAGAGUCAGAGGGAGCUGCAGAGAUGUGGCUGAGUGACUGUCAAGCCUGUCAGUCUGGUGAAUGUGACAGCAGCCAGUGAGGGAUGAGAACAAUGACAAAUCUAUGCUUGUGUUGCUGACUGUGGGACUGGAUCACACCUGGUCACUUCCCUGACACCGAGAGGCCACCUCAGGACCCUGGGCUCCAGCAGCAGCUCCUGCACCACAGCGGAAAUUCCCUUUCUGUUCCCCCGGCUGGAGCUGGGGACAGAUGGUCGCUCCCAGACUUUGAGCUGAACUCAGGAAGGAGAGUGAGAGGAAGGGUGGGAGGAGGGCCAAAGAGGGAGAGGAAGAGAAGUGAGGAGUGGACACGAGAGGAGAAAUGCUUCGCUACGGAUCAGGACGAAACGUUUCCACCACCACCACCACAACAGAGGACUCUGCGGAGUCUUUAAGUGAGAGGAGAAUCAGGCGCCUCAGGUUGACUCUACACGCUGGAGACAAUGGAAACAAUGAGCCAAAAACAGCAAACUCAGAAACAGCUGACAGAGACAAAGAUGUCAGCGGAGCGUGGAAGAAGAAGAAUGGGCUGAUCCAAAGGCAGAGGCCAGCUGGCAGCGAGUCACCCCAGCAGCUCCACAAAGACUCGACCAAUGGGGUGCCAGAGUCCUCGUCAGAGCACCAUGGGCCCAAAGUGUACGGUGUGGUGCAGAGGAAGGUCUCGGACAGACAGCAGGAGGUGAUGGCACGGGAAUGGACGGUCAAUCACCUUCAAGAUGAGAUGAGGUACAUCAGGGAGGUAAGGGAUUCCUUGGAGAAGGUGAGGGAGAGGAUGUACGGGCAGUUUGGAGGAAUGCAGCAAUCAGUGCAGAGGCUCUCACACGAACUCAGGACCUCUAAUGCUCAUCGGAGGAGUCUGGAGUCAGAGGUGAGGGUCAGGACAGCAGCCAUGGACAGCUUUGAUCAGAUGAACAGCUCCCUCAUAUCUGCCAACAUCAGCCUGCAGAUUCCCUCGCAGAAAUCCCUGCUGGAGAACUGUCAGGACAGGAUGGACUCCAGAGACAGUGUGAAGAACCUGCGAAGCAACUAUGAGAAAACACAAGAAAAACUCCGAGACAAAGAGAGGGAGCUGGCUGCUGCAGAGGCUGAGAACCAGACUUUGAGACUUCAGGUGGAAUCUUCGCGGGAGGCCAACGCCAAGGCGCUGCAGGAACUCUCUGAAAAGUUGCAGAAGGAGUAUGAAGAAAAACUGCAAGAGGAACAGCAGAAACACAGAGAGGAGAUUGAAAAACUGCAGGCCCAACUAGACGAGUACAUCAGACGCCUGGAGGAAGCAGAGAGGAGCAUCAGCACAGCAGAGGCCCAGAUCAGUGAGAGGGACCAGAGGAUCGUUGAACUGGAACGCCUCCUGGACUGUAUGGGGAAGGAAAAAGGUGACCUUCAAAAGAAACUUCAGGAAUGUGAGCAGCGUUUGCGACUGCUGGAGUUGACGGACACAACAGAUGCUGUUGUCACUAAAAGGACCAAACAGCUUCAAAGCGAAGCAGGUGAUCUCCGCGAGAGAAUCAAACAUUUGAACGAUAUGGUUUUCUGCCAGCAGAGGAAAGUCAAAGGAAUGAUCGAGGAGGUUCAAUCUCUGAGAGCUCAGGUGGCCCAGAAAGACAUGUUCAUCUCAGAGCUCCUCGACAGAAUUGCGAUUGUGGAGUGUGAGAAUAAUGAAUUAGAAGACAAGCUCAAGUAUUUUAUGUCCUCACAGAAUAGGCCGCAAGAGAUUUUGGAAACCAGGGAAAUCAGCAUAGGUUGCGAUCUGCCUCACAGAUAUGAAUUACUGAGUUAUGAUGUUGACGCACCUCAUCUUCAUCCCUUGCAACUGUCACCAUCUGUUCAGCCAAUAAUUCCAAAGAAACCUUCAUCGCCAUCACAGUCUUCAUCAUCCACCUUACUUCUGUCAAUUGCACAACCUUUUCCGCCAUCACAAUCUCUAUCGUCCACCAAUCCUCUGUCACCAACUCAAUCUCUGUCUCCUGCACAAAUACUGCCGUCCACCCAGCCUCUGCCAUCCAACAAUCCUCCUACAUCCAACCACCCUAUGUCAUCCACUCUGCCGCCGUUGUCGCCCAUACAGUCUUUAUCACCCACGCCGUCUUUAUCGCCUACACAAUCUCUGUCACCCACAUUAUCUAUGUCACCCACACCUAUGUCACCCACAUUAUCUAUGUCGCCCACACCUCUGUCACCCACACUGUGCCUAUCACCUCCACAGCCUCUGUCACCCACACAAACUCUGCCCUUCACUCAAACUUCACCUCAUUCAUCUCCCAUUCAGUUCCCGUCCCGGUAUCUGUCAUUGCCCACCCAACCAAGGACUUUCAGGCCUGGUAACCCUCCACCCAGCAGGUUGGAGUCCAGCUUACUCAGGUACACUCCUAUUCAAUACAGUCGCCUCCUGCAGUCCAACUCCUCACCAUUAAACACAUCAUUCUCUUACACCCCCCCAUCUGCACCUGAGCAUUCUGCAAACCUGGUCCAGACUGGAGUAGAUGAAGUGGAUUCAGGACCAAACACCUCUGUAAACUCAAACCUGGAGGAAUCGGCUUCAUUCUCAUCACUUUAUCUGCCCAGAUCUAGAGCACCUCAGGUUUCUACGCCAUUUAUGAAGUUAAUGGAAACGACAGCGCAGAUAAACAUAGACGAUUCAUCUGAGUAGUAUUAAAGUAAGACAAACGUUACUACUGCUGUACAACAGCACCCUCUACAGUUACAUGUGUCUUAAAUCUCUCGAACUCAAAGCCUGUCUUUUACCAGGUGAUGCAGGUGUGUUUCCGUUCAAUGAACUGAAACCUUCAGGUUCUAUCUUUUAUAACACAAAAAAUAUGUGAAAGGAAAUUAAUAUAUCGAUACAAUAUCAUCGGUUCUUUUCUGCUAUGAUUUUUCUGAAAAGGAUCAUGUGUGUAAAAAUUGCAUUUACGUUAUUUUGUAAAUAAUGUAUCAAAGGAUUCUAUUUGUUUUGUCUUCAGCGAAUGUAGCUGAAGACACCACCAUGCUCAAUGAGCUAUAAUGUGUAUGGGGAUACUAUGCGUGUAUCAUUUUUAUUUGAUUUGUACAAAUGAAAUGGAAAUUAUUUUGUUAUUUUCACAUUAUGUAUAUAAUAUUUAUUGAGAUUAUUUGUGCCUUGUUUGGUGAACAGCAUAAUAUCCGACACUGGUGGUGGAAUUCAAUCUCCCUCAAUUGACGACAUGGUAACAGAAUUCACUGGCAUUUCUGUGCUAAUGACUCAAACUUCCUUAACUUUAAACCUAUUAACAUGAAUAAGGUAACUGCCAUUCCUGAGCCACUGGCACUAGUAUUAUCCAGCUGUCGUCUGUGCUGCCACAAAUGUGAUUAAAAAAUACUUUAUAUUAACGUGCCUUUUACUUUAAAUUUACAUAUCAAACUACAAAUGAUGCAAAGAGGCCAUUAAAUGUUGGCUAAUAAAGACUAUACUGGAAA